GUUGGCAACAUUGGCGCCAGGCAGCGUUGUAGAGGGCCAUGGUGUAGUCCUAGGCUGGGAUGGCUUACGUUAAUGUAGCCGAAUGGAGCCCUGACCAAGUCUCUGAGUGGCUGAAAGGUCUGGACGAGGCCAUCUUGCCGUACAUCCAUUACUUCGUCAACAACCAGGUGGACGGCAAACGACUCCUACAGCUUAGUCCCGAUGACCUGCCCCCUCUGAGAGUUACCAAGAUCGGCCACCAGGAGAUUGUGCUCCAGGCUGUCGAACUUCUCCGCAAUAUUCACUAUCAACUGCAUCAGGAGAAUGUACAGCUUCUGGCUCUCCGUCUAAGCUCCAAGGCACGUAGCAUAUACAAUGAGUUACACCAGGCGGCCGCAGCGUCGGGGAACGGCGGGGGAAGUGCGGGAGAGGAGGAAGACGGGGAGGAUGAUGAAGAGGGAGCGGAGAGGAGAAACGCCAAGAAGAGGCAGGAAAGGGUCUCAACGGCUGUCAUUGCUGGAGUGGCCGACGUGCUGUCCUCUGUGAAGGGUCUUGUCUCAUGGCUUACUAGGCAGCCAUUUGAAGGUCAGGAAAAAUAUGAUUGCCUUAAGAGCGACCUGGUGGAACUGAGCAUUAGGUUGGCCACCAUCGCCCAGCGUGACAUGUUCGCCGAGAAACAAGCGACUGUCAUCCUUCAAUUGUGCCUUAACCUUGCCAUCAUCUCCGACAAGAUCAUUCAGGAAUACAAUGACCCGUUGAUCAUCCAACCGGCCACACUAGACAUUGCAACCAUAAAGAAGAAAGCGGAUGACGAGUGGGGAGUCUUCCUACAGUCAUCCUACCACGGGGUACAUCAAGUGUCAGAGGUGAGGGCUUUGAGUCCAGCCUACCAGUGUGGCAAGCUGCAGGAUGGGGAUGAACUGGUGCAGGUCAACUAUCAGACAGUGAUUGGCUGGAGUCCCCACAAGGUGACGGCAGUGAUGCAAGAGUUCCCCGUCGAGGUUAUCCUGACGGUGAAGAAACGGCCGCGUCACGCCAACACCGUCGCUCAGAUCUACCUGAAGCCGAUGAGACUCCCCAGCAAGAAGCGGACGUAUUCUCCCUGGGGCAGCUCUCUGGCCGCCUCUCCCCGCUACGACCUACAGAGCAUCCCUAACCUCCAGCUCUCUGUGUCGGUGCCCAUAAGACGUGUGGUAGAGACCAUCGAACUGCCUCCCAAGUCCUCCACUCCUCCACCACAGCUGACCACACCAUCGCCACAGCCUCCGUCUUCCCUCAGUGACGCACCGAGCACUGCAUCCGACAGGGAGAUCGAAGAUUCGGACUCGGAGGACGACCCCUUCCUUUCCGACAGUGACAUAGCUGGCUCGUCUCCGACCAGUGUGCGUCUCUACCACCCCAAGCCUCGGGCGCCGGUGCAGCGUCGAGCCACUAUACCCGGAGCCACUACCCGACCCUGCCUCAGCUUCGACCAGCUGUUACAGGACGUAAGAUGGACACGAGGUGGACGCAGUGGCUUACCUGAUGGUUCAGCACCGUCAGACCCAGAUCUCCUGCGAGGACCCACCGGGCUGGACCACCGUGCUGCCCGACCUCAUACUUGUAUAGGAACUGAGGACAAAGUUAGAGUGGUAAGGGAAGGUAAAGACAGAAACAUGACAGAAGUAAAGGAAGAGGAGAGUAACGUGAAGGACGGGAGUAAGAAGAGAACGAUGGAGAAUGCGGAUGACAAGAACGGGGAUAAAGGCACUGGCGACCAGGAACGUGCCUCUGACGUCGGCAAAACUGAAAACAAAAGCGAAAAGAAAGUUGUUAAUAUCAUACCGUUGCCACCGAGGAAGCCGACCAACUAUGGUGCAUCGACGGGCAACCAGAAUGCCUCUCCCUCCCUGGCUCAUCGUCCUGUGGUGGCGGAGGAGAAUAUGAACGGAGGAAGAGCGGGAAGUGCGGCGGUGCUCGCUCACGCUCCUUCCUCAAAGUCCAGCACAGUCACGCCAGAAAAGAGCGCUAACACCAGCCAAGAGUCGCCACAGGACGCCUCCGGCAGGCCACGGCGCGUUUCUGAAGACAGACCAAAGUUAGACAAGAGUCACAGCACGCCGGCCUACGACAUGGACGGCGAUGGCACACUCCCUGGUGGCAUUGGCUCGAAUUCUGGGGGCAUUUCCUCUUUGUUGUCCGGCACAAGUGACCGAUCGCCUGCAAACCUUAAGACCCCAAACAGCGCCAAACACGGGUCAUCCUCGACAAACUUCUUCACCUCACACGAGACAAAGACAACACUAGUAAGCUCGGGGGAUGUGACGCCCUCAAUCUCUCGCUCUGGCGUCGGCAGGGACGCCCCGGCGACCGUUCCACCCACCAUCAUAUCGUCGACGACCACGAACGUCGGGACGAAUGCCGCAGAACAUUUCAGGUCCCAGGUGGUGUUCCCCGUCCAGGGUCACACUCCCUCAGAGUUGGCUGUUAAUGCUUCAGGAGAGAGACACAGCAGUGGUGGUGGUAACAGGAGACUGGGUGGUAGUGAUGGUGGUGGUGGUAUUAAUAGCAGCGACGGAAGAGUUAGCACGAGUAGCAGUGGCAUUAGUGGUGUUGAGAGCAUGAACACUCAGCAGGUGGUUCUUCCCUCCUCUGCCUGCCAGCCAUCCACGUCAUCGGCCUCAGCUGUGGUGCUGCGAGAAACACGUAGCAGCUCCCCGUCUGUGUGGCGGCGGGGCUUUAUGGUGACAGAUCGUGGGAGUCGGAGAAUCUCUUGCCGUGAGCUCGGACAAGGAGACCAUCAGGGUUGGCUGCACCGUCGCCGUGACAACAAGGGGUUCCUGCUGCCACAUCGCUGGGAGCGUCGCUGGUUCAUCCUUAAGAAGAACUACCUCUAUGGUUAUCGCGAUCGUGAGGCGGUGCGGGCAGACUCGCUCAUCUACCUGCCGGGGUUCCACGUCUGUCCAGCCACCGACGUCAAGGCCAAGAAGUUUGCGUUCAAAAUCUACCAUUCUAGUGGCGCCACGUUUUACUUCGCCUGUGACACCAGUGAGGAGAGAAGCAGGUGGAUGAGUCAAAUGGGCCUCUCUGCCAUCACCUCCCUCACCUCAAACCACCGCCAGCACCACAACACCCACCAGCAACAACCGGGAGAAGAAGUCUAUUACAGCGAAACAGAUGAGGAGCUGGAGGAACGAUCGUCACCGUCACGAAGGUCACCGCAGUCCACCCAGUCUAGGACGUCGCCGAGCAAGGAGGCCGUCGGGUCUAUCUGGCGAGGAGGUUCGGCGAGUCCCUCUAGGAGUACCCAGGGCCGCGGUACACCCCUUGGCUCCCUAGCUGCACUGAGUUCGGGCAAGAGUCAAGGUCUGAGGUUCCUGCAGCCAUCGAGGGACAUGUUGAAUCAGCCGGUGCCCACUGCAUCUUUCCGUAGCUACAGACGGGUGAGUGAGAGCAGCAGUAGGAGCACCUCCACGGGUGACCUGCGGGGAGUGAACAAGCCAGAGACGCCGGCAGCUACGCCGGUCGGCUUCGACGGAGGAUCUGGACGGAGGAUCACCAGGAAGAACAGUCUCCGCGACCGCCUGCGUCAGCUGCCGGCGCCUUUCACCCUGGAGCGGCGGAGACAGGCGGCGAGUAGAGGAACACCGAACGGCCAGGACCAACAGAAACAAAACAAGAAACAACAACAAGAGCAAGUUGAAGUAGUAGAGGAUGUUGAGCCUCAGAAGUCACAAGUAAGAGUAGUGAGGACUGACAGUACUGUACCACCUCCAGACAACACCACCAGUGUUGACUGCCAGCCUGCUGAUGGUGCUCAGGAUGUGUUGGUGGGUGGGCAGCGCCAGCGUCCACACUAUAUGCUCCCAACCCGUGCUAGUACCCAGUACUCUCCUGCCAGACCUUCUUCGGUUGACUUAGAUACUCGAAGUAGCCCCAGUAGAGUAGGCAAUGGAAGAUGGGGGGGAACGCCCCCGCCCAGUGGGCGAUGUAGUCCGUCUAAGUUUGAAAUGGGCGGACGACGCAGCAGUGUUGGGGGAGAGUCGCCCGUCAGGUCGCUAUCGCCAAGAAGAGGUUCUCUGGACUGCUUGGCCUGGUCACACCCACGAGCUCUCUCUCCUCCCACGUCACCACUUAACACGCCCACUCGCAGCUCUCACGGCUCCACCAGCAGUCUACUGGCAUCGGAGGAGUACCGUGAAGGCUCUCCUGAGAAACUUUGGAUUAACUCCCUGCGCACCGACUCUUCCAGGCCGAGGCCAAACGCACGUUCUUCCCCCGAGAAGAGGGAUGGAAGAUCGCGUUCUGGUUCUGGGGAAACCAGUUUACCCGAUCGUCUGAAGCGCACUGCACUCUACCACCCGCCUCAGCUUCGCAGUCGAGGCGACCCAAUGAAAGCCGCUUUUGAAUUAGCACUGGACCCCAGUAGUGGACAACUUAUUGUAGACAAUGGCAGAGAUGAUGCCAGGCCUUCUGUUGCCCCGCCUGAUGCGUCAUCGCAGUCGUCCUCCCACCACUGCUACAUGGAGCAGUGGGAGCAAGGAGCCGCUACUCCCGCCAAAAAGUCACAACAGACCGCCAGCACCGUGACUCUGGCCAUCUGUCGGCCGGAGGUGCCGCCGAGAACCAAAUUCCUGUCCCCUAGUGAGCGCACUCUUCCCACCUCCUCUCUCUCAGCCGCACUCCCCACCAGCUCCUCCUCCUCCACCCUCAGCAUCGGCUCCUCCACGUCUUCCCUCUUGUCUUCCCACCAGUCCCGCUCCUCCGUGCCCUCCCCAUCUUUUGGGCCGCCGGACUCGCCGGGGCACAACAGGACUUCAAAACCCAUACCUAACCUGACCAUCAGAGCACAUAACGAAGACUCCGACACUGUGCGCACGCCUCUCAAGCCGGCUAUGGGCGUGUCCAUGAUCGGGAAACAGCGUAGGACCCCGAGCGUCAUGUCUCCCCGGGACAUUUUCUUCUCGUCGCCUCCGUCGUCCCCCACAACCCCAAACAAACCGGGUGUCGUGUCUCCGGUUGUUUCCAGCACCACGUCGAGUAUAUCCACCACGGCUACGUAUCCAAUAGCACCUUAUCCUCACAACAUAAUGGGGAAGACCUCAACGCCCGCCAAGUUACGAAACCAAAAGAUCCUUCCACAUUACCCCGGCAUGGAGUACCCACCCGUGUUUGAGCCGGGGUCGUACUCUCUGUGUGGGAGUCCUCCGGAUCAGUCGCUCUAUCAGGUGCCUCUGGCGGCUCACCUGCAGGAGCAGCAGGGGGCAGCGCUCGACAGUGACGGCAACACUUCCUGCACCAGCAUCGAGACGCACGUAAUGUUUAAUGUGGGUCAGGCGGGUCACGGGUCUCCGCACAUGACUAACAGGGCGUCAUCUUCGGAUCUCGCUCUACAGGAGAUACAGAACAGUGGUUCUGAUGGAGGGAGCUGCCAGGAGCAGGGUGCUCCCGGCCGGGAUUACAAGACUCACAGAAGUAUUCACGUGGGCAGCUCCGUAGGCCCGGGUGCCCACCACAGUGUACACGUCAUAAUGCCCGUUCAGUCCGCGUCACAACAAAACUUAUACGUCACCUCCAUGUCUGGGUCCGGUUCGCAUCAGAAUUUAUAUGUGAGUGCACCGGGCCCCGGCACUCACCAGAAUAUAUACGUGACCUCUCCCGUGUCGACGUCGUAUCAAAAUAUGCACGUCACCGCCCACCAGAAUGUGUACGUCAGCACUCCCACGAGGUCCAGCACGCAACACAAUAUCUACGUGACCUCACCAUCGGGGAUAAGCACUCUACAGAGUAUGAAUGUCACAAGUGUUUUAAGACCGACCGUGUCUGAGCAACAAGAAGUGGGCGGUGAGCGAGCUAAGUCAAUACACGGGCUGAGCUCCUAUGCCGAAGGUCAGAGUAAGGAGACGAGCGGUUCCAGGAGGCCGUCGUCAAUGUCGCACCCGGCACCGAGACUGCUCCUUCCGGGGCCUCCCGACUCUCCGCCGAGUGAUAGUGAAUCUGAUCUAAAAUCUUCAUCCACACAGACGGAGUCUACGGCCUAGACAUACGACUCGUGACGUGUGCGGCCGAGGUCGUGACAAUCCAAAUGGUAGCUAGAAAGUCUCUCGCUGCUACAACAUUGGUGCACCGCACGCACGUAUGGUGUUGAAUGGAACGGUGCUUUAAAUCCUUACGUAACGACCGCUCAACCUUACCAUGUCAGGUCAACGUUUCAUGUAAAUGAGAGUGUGAGAGCCGAGGUUUAUGGCUUUAAAAUGUGCUUUCAUAGAAUUAGGUCUAUAACAAUAUAUAGUCUGUUGUUCUGGCACGUGCGGUGUGGCGGUGGAGCCGUGGCGUGGGCUCCACGCACUGCACCGCCACUCCAGAAUGAACCCUUCUCCAUUGCCUUAAAGGUAAUUCAUUAAAUGCUCAUAUAUAAAAGAAGGAGUUGUAUAUAUUUCUACAGUUUUAUAAUCAUCGGGUGAUAAGAGUUGGCAUUAGACCGUUGUUUUAUUUAUAAGUUAUCAAUCACAAGUUAACUUUAUAUAAAAUAUCAACAAGUUAUCGAUAUUUGUGAAAGUCUAUUAAUAUUAUUUAGAAUAUAGAACUUCAAGCAGGCUAGGUCACAUGAUCCAAGCUGCUGACACCAAAAUAACUUCAUACAGGGUACAUUCCACGACACAGUCCUCCUGCAGUGGCUCUCAAACUACUGUACGUGUCGGCUCGAUGCUUUGUGUUGAUGUCUCGACCCGUCGGUAACCGUUGUGUUGCUGCGAUGAUCACUUUGAGUUGCUCCACGCGCUAUACAGUGUGGGCUUAAAUACAGAUACAAUUCAUACACAAACACACACAAAAUAGCUUUCAUUUUUAUAAUACCGAGACGGGAUGUAGUAAUUCUCGCUGGGAAAUUGUUUUAGGAGACACUAUAUGUACUGUUUUUUACCAUAAAACAUCGUAGCAUUAUUUGGUAUCGGUUAUAUCGGUCUAAAACGUUAAUUCUUGCUGGGAAUUUGUUUUAGCAGACACCAUAUAUACUGUUUAUAACCAUCGGGCAUCGGUAUUGAUUAUAUCCGUCGAAAACAAACUGGAUUUUUUUUUU